CUUCCCCAUUGCCCUGCUGCGCGUCUGCCAGAACCGAGAACCCAGCCAGUGAGCUGAGGAACAGCACGCUAGGCGAGAAGCGUGUUGAAACAUCAGAGAUGUCGUGCUCCCGACGUCGUGCGAGAUUUAUGCGAACCGCCCAGUUUUGCGUCGUGAGCUUUGUCACGAAAUUUCUGUCCGUACAUCACAACAAUCAACACCUAGUUCACCGACGUUACCGUUCUACAAGUGCGAGAUCCUCCAUAGCGACAAUCCAAGCGACUUGACAUUGAUUCCUAGCGACUGCUGUCGACAUCACCACCCUCGCAGCAUCUUCUAUUGCAACAUCCACGACUGCCAUUGCAACAUCUGCCCACCACUGCGACUGCGGUAUACCUUGCGAUAUGUCUGCCCUAUCCAUGCAACCCUUCCGCUUCCUGGACCUGCCAGGCGAACUCCGCAACAACAUCUACGAUCUGCUGUUGUGCUCAUGGGACGAUGAGCCCGAGUACGAGCCCAGGUUCGUUGGAGGAUUGCGCAAGCGGUCAGCCAGCUACGAUGCCUUGGCGCUGCUGCGAACAAACAAGCAGAUUCACGAGGAGGCGUUCGAUGAUAUGAUGAAGCGCAAUCAGUUCGUGCGCGUCACCUGCCGGGGGCUCAAUGCCAACACACUCUUCCUGGGCGACGAGAUGAUCGCAGCCGUCACGACAGACGCACGCAAGGCGAGGCAGUUCCCGGGGUACAUGAUGCACUUCACCCUGUCGAAGCCCGCGCUCUCGUCCGGGCCCCUUGACUUCUCCGAGAACGAGAUCAUGAUGUUGCGGUCUGACCUUCCCUCACUCUGCCGACAGCUCGACAUCGAGAGUGCAAUGUCUAGCGUCAACGCCACAGCGAGCGAGCACCUCUCUAUCCACGCAACCGUCUCCUUCGACCCGUCUCACGCAGAAGUGUUCACUCCCGCGAUUCAGCAACACCUCCUCGAGCCCAUCGCCGCCCACCUCCGCGGUAUCGCAGACCUCAGCAUCAGCGGGCCCGUCUCCACACAACUUGCACAAGCGGUCAAGUCGCGAGUCGCCCAACCGCGCUGGACAGACCCCAAAGCGACCCUCGACUCCAUCCACACCGGCACCGACGUUGGCAAGCGCCAGUGGCAGAACCACGACUACUACACCGCUGCCGAGUCCUGGGCAUACUCGAUGCGCACCCUCGAGCGCAUGCGCCACAGCUCGUCCUGGCUCAGCCUUAAAGCCUCGGGCGGCACGGACUUUGUCAACGCAACCGCCGAUCUGUACUUCACACUAAACCUGCUGCGAGCGACGUUCCUGCAGGUCGACAUAGCUGGCGAGCAGACGAGUCGCGCGCUUGUAACAAGGAAUGGCGAGAUGAGUCUACUUUACCUGUGGAAGUGCGAGACUGCGAGCGCACGAUUUGCGCAGCACGCGGAUGCUACGUGGACGCCGAGCAACGAGCAGGCGAGCAAGAUGCUGUAUAGGCAGGCGAGGUGUGAGAGGCUGAUGAGGCGGAGUGCCAAUGUCGUCAGGGCUGUGACGCUUAUUGAGCAGGCGGCGACGUUGGCGCCGAACGAUACGAGUAUUCGUGAUGAGAAGGAUGCGAUUGGCAACUGGCAGGCGGAGGUCGAGGAGGUGCAGCGCGCGGGGCAGCAGGUUGAAGUUCCCGAGGCCGCGCAGCGUGCGGGCUGGUGGUCGUUGAUCCGUUCUGCGGCAUCUGAGUUAGCGUCGUGAGCUGGUGCAGCCUCGAUGCGUUUAUGUUCACUGUGAUACCCAAAUUUACUUCUGACUUGCAUAUAUGCACUGCUUCUCACACUUGUAUUGCAU